AUGAGUCAAGUGGAGAGCUUGAUGCGCGCUCAGGCCGAGCUGUAUGGCCGAAUAUCCCGGUCUAUCGAAAACCUGAAGAAGACCGGCGCCGCCAAGAUCACUUUGGGUACUGUGGAGGCCCGACUUCAGGCCCUUGAGUCGCAUUGGGUCAAGUUCGAGGCCAACCACGACCAGAUACUCCUGGCACCUCCUGUGUCGAUAGCCGAAAGCGACUACAUUAAAUUGGGCACCUACUCGUUGGCGGAGGACGCGUACCUCCAGCAGAAGGGUAAUCUCGGAGGCAACGUUCGUACCACAUUGCCUCGCAUACAACUGCCCUGCUUCUCGGGCAAGUACGAGGAUUGGCCAGCCUUCCGUGACCUCUUUCAAUCAAUAAUCGGCCAGGACAAAUCCUCGCCCCCAGUUGAGAAGUUUCACUACCUGCGAACCUGCCUGAAGGGUGAGUCGGAGCUACUAAUCCGAAACUUGACGACCACGGGUGAAAAUUACGAACACGCGUGGAAAACGCUGAGCGACUACUAUGAGAAUAAGCGCUUGUUGGUGCGCGCUUAUUUGGCCAGCUUCGUCUCAUUGUCGAAGAUGAAGAGCGAGUCGGCCGCGGAGCUGCGAAAGGUGUUCCACUGCCUGAAAGCGACGCGCAAUUCCUUGGACAGCAUCGGUCGACCAGUUUCCAGCAGCGAGGACCUCUUCGUUUACCUGGCCGUCGAUCUGCUCGACCCCCGCUCGCGACGAGACUGGGAGACCUCCAUCUGCGAGACCACGGAGCCUCCGUCGAUUACCGAGCUGGAGACGUUCCUGGAUCGGAGACUUCACGCCCUGGAGUCGAUGCUCCCUGCUAAAGCGGAUAGCUCGGUCGGAAAACCGAGGAGUUCGACAUCGAAGCCUACCCGCUCUCACCACGUCGGCAAGCGGGAAGACAAGUCCGGCGGGAAGCCGGGCCGUUGCUCUCUGUGUCAGGGGGACCACUUCGUCAUGCUGUGCGAGGACUACCGGAAGAAGACGGCUGUGGAGCGGAAGCAGCACGUCACUAGCAGCGGUCUGUGCCUCAAUUGCCUCGGCCGUCACAAGGUGGGUGACUGUAUCUCGAAGAAGGACUGUUCCGCGUGCGGUCAACGUCACCACUCGUCGCUUCACGACGCGUGUCGCGAGAACGAGGUCGCUAAAACCUCGCACGUGGCGCGGGGAGUGUCGGACAAGCAGGCUGCAGUCCUCCUCGCGACCGCUCGCAUCCGCGUCGAGGGCCCACAAGGUAGGUGGUGCUUCGCGCGCGCUCUCGUCGAUCAGGGCUCGGAAACGUCUCUGAUUUCCGAACGCCUCACUCAGCGACUUCACUUGCCGCGUGCUCUUGCCUCGGUGGCCGUGUACGGGGUCGGCGGACAAAAGACUUGCGUAGCUAGGGGCCGCGUCGCGCUGUCGUUCAGCUCGCACUCCGGGGGGGUCGUAGUGAACGCGUCCGCGCUCGUGCUUCCUCGGCUUACCGUCUACGCCGGUCGACUUGAUGUGACCGAUCGGGAGUGGCCUCACCUACGAGGCCUGGAGCUCGCGGAUCCGGAGUUCGGGGGCGCCGAGCGAAUCGAUGUCCUCCUUGGGGCCGACGUCUUCGCCUCCAUCAUCUUGGAGGGA